UGAAAGGCCUUAUCCUAAUCUCCUGCCAACACUCUCUCGCUCUCUCGAUUCCUGAAACCCGAAGAUAGAAUGGCGACGACUCUCUCUACAACACCACCACUCACUCUCCGUUCCUCUUUCCAAUCUUCCCCUCACGCUCAAUCACUAAAGCCCUCUCUCCAAUUCCCCUUCACACACACCGCCACCGGCCUCUCCCACCGCCUCACCCAUCUCCGCCCUAUUGCGGCCGUCGAAGCCCCUGAGAAAAUCACGAAGCUUGGCGAUGAGAUUUCAUCUCUCACCCUCGAGGAGGCCCGAACCCUUGUAGACUUCCUCCAGGACAAGCUGGGCGUUUCCGCAGCAGCAUUUGCCCCUGCGGCUGUGGUUGCGGGCCCCGGUGCUGCUGAGGCAGCACCCGCUGUGGUGGAAGAGAAAACGGAAUUCGAUGUGAUGAUUGAGGAGGUGCCGAGCAACGCUAGGAUUGCGGUGAUUAAGGCGGUGAGAGCGUUGACGAGCUUGGCUUUGAAGGAGGCCAAGGACUUGAUUGAAGGGUUGCCAAAGAAGUUCAAAGAGGGAGUUUCGAAGGAGGAGGCCGAGGAGGCAAAGAAGCAGCUUGAAGCGGCUGGGGCUAAAAUUGCUAUCUCUUAGAGAUUAUGAGGGUAAUUUGGGGUUAAUUUUGUAUUCUACUUUCAUUUUUAGGGAUUAUUCUAAGUUUGAUGUUGUUUAGUGAAAUACAGUGGAUGUGUUGAAUGCUCAAAUUUCAAUGUAAUUGAAUCAGAAUUGAAGUCAAUGCUUGCUGCUUUUGAUGUUUCUACUCUCUUUUGAAUCUGAAUCAGUGGUAGUAGUGAAUGAUAUGUCUGUAAAACUUUUUGGCA